AAAAGCAUAAUCCCAAAAUCAUCGAACCCAAAAAGGUCGACAAGGGUCGUCAUGGCGCAGAGAAUCACGACAUUGGUUCUGCUCAUAGAAAUAUUGUUUCUGGUAAAUUAUAUUAGUCAAAUCACCACGACCGCAGCUGAAAACGACGCAGAUGUCAUUCACGUCGCCGGAAAAGUAAUGUGCCAAGAUUGCACUCUUAACUACGACAAAUGGAUCAAUGGUUCUGAACCCAUCAAAGGAGCUGUUGUAUCAAUCACUUGUAUGGACGAGAGGAGAAGAGUGAGAUACUAUGGCAGCGACAAGACCGAUGAGAGAGGCCAAUUCGAUCUUAUCGUCAACAGAGUCCUCUACGGCGGAAAGGAUCUCAAGGCUCAUCUUUGUAAAGUCCGGCUCGUAUCUUCUCCAGAUCAGUCAUGUAACAUUCCGACCAAUUAUGGUAAUGGUCAAAGCGGAGUAGAACUAGUUCGACCUCUCAUGGUUUUCAAGGAUCUGGUUAAGUUUGUGGUCGGGCCAUUUUAUUAUACCACCCCCAUGUGUGAGACCCCUAAAUUUGAAAACAACUACUAG